GCAUAAUUGAAAAUGGCUACUGUUAUACCUGACAAAAAUGACAUUCGAGUUAAGGCACUUCAAGCCUUUGCCAAAGAAUUUGGGGAAGAUGCCACAGUUUGCGCUUGUGCACCUGGACGAGUAAAUUUAAUUGGUGAGCACACAGAUUACAACGAGGGAUUUGUUUUGCCGAUGGCACUCCCAAUGGUGACUGUAAUUGCAGCCAGACCAAAUCAAUCUCGCAGAUGCAUUGUUAUAACCAUGAGUGGGUCUAUUGGACAUGUAGACCGAGCGGAGUUUGACAUAAGUAAUAGGAAUGAAAUGAAACCCGGAGAACCAAAAUGGGCAAACUAUGUGAAAGGACCGAUUGCAAAUUUCACGUGCAAUUUGCCGGGAUUUGAUGCACUCAUUAUUUCAAGCGUUCCUGUUGGUGCUGGCUUGAGCAGUUCCGCAGCCCUAGAGGUUGCUACAUAUACUUUAUUGGAGGCUUUGAGUGGUUGCAGAACUAUAAAGCUCAAUGACAAGGCUGCAGCAUGCCAGCAAGCCGAGCACGAGUUUGCUGGGGUUCCAUGUGGCAUAAUGGAUCAGUUUAUAUCGGUAAUGGGAAAGGAAGGUCAUGCCCUGCUUCUCGAUUGCAGAAAUUUGAGUACAAAACACAUUCCAAUCGUUCAAGAGGACUACGUUUUUCUUAUAACAAAUUCAAAUGCUCCGCACAAACUCUCCAGUAGCCAGUACACCGAGCGUCGAGACGCCUGUUACAAGGCUGCGAAAAGACUGAAUUUAAAGAGUCUGCGAGAGGCGACUAUCGCUGAUUUAGACGUUUUGAAAGCGCAAAAUGUGUCUGAAGUGCUGAUAAAAAGGGCCCGUCACGUCAUUACUGAAAUAUCGAGAACUCUGGCCGCUGCACAGGCUCUAGAAGAAGGAUCGCUCGUUAAGUUCGGACAGCUGAUGAAUGAGAGUCAUGACUCUUUGCAAAAGGACUAUGAAGUCUCGUCCCAGGAACUAGACACCCUUGUUUCGGCAGCUAGAGAAAUCAGCGGCGUUCUAGGAAGCCGGUUGACUGGUGCUGGUUUUGGAGGCUGUACCGUUACUCUGGUCAAAAAAGACUCUGUCGACGAAUUAAUCAACAACAUCAAACGGAAGUACAAGGGGAAUCCAGAUUUUUUCGUAGCAGUACCCGACGGAGGGGCUAGAGAGAUGGGAAUCAAUUACUGCAAGUGCACAGACGAGCUUCACUAAUUUACUGUGAUAGAAUUUUGACAGGGUGGCACUGAAUUGGGUCUUGAUUUCAAAGUAGUUAUUUCAUUUUCGAACUUGAACCACCGAUAACGCUUUAUUGUGUUAUAAUGUAUUAUUCAUUCAGGCUAAAUUUUGGAACAAGUACUAAAUUAGUGCGACUCUAGUUUCAUUACCAAAUGAAUGAGUUAUCCAAAAGUGAUUCACAGUCGCCGUAUCAUGUGAUAUCUUUAUAGCCAAACGAAUCUAUUUUUAUUACCGUUUAAACCUUGGUAAUGACCGAGGUGCAACCACAGCAAUAACGUCAGAGUAAUUUAGAACUGAUUGUGAAACCACUUAUUUGUUCGAGUAAAUGCAAAGCGAGGAAGUAAUUGGUUUUGUUUUGUAACAAACAACAGUGUUAGAUAUUUUUUGAACGUAAAAUCGACUAUUUUACGAUGUUUAAUGACGGACGAUUGCGAGUAGCCUCCUUAUUCCUAAAGUAAUUAUUUUUCUGCGUAUUUUUCAGGAUAAAUAGACGCGCUGACAAGUUUUCAUUAUCAUUUUUUAUUGAGCCAUAUUUCAAUAAUCCUAAUUAUUCUACGCCGUAUUCACUUCUGUGGAUAAUAUUCAAUAUCAUUGCCUACUGUACAAGAAGCAUGUAUAUACGUAUAGAUAUAGUAUAUGUAUUUUAAUACUGUUGCGUAAUCUGGCGUCCGCUGUCACAGCGAAGAACUUCUCGAUUAU